UUGUUUUCAUUGUCUUUGGCCACCGCCAACAAACUUGCCGCUCACUCCUACACUCGCUAGCUAAACGUCACUUGGCGUAAUAAAAUCACAUAUUUUGCCGAAUAUUUUUAUAGUUGUAGAUAAUAGAAAUUAAGUUGUAAAAGUAGGUAGAGGAAAGCCUUGUAUAUAUGGUGGUGGUUGUUUUUUGGGGGGGGCAACUUUAUCCCGUUACAUCUAUUGGUCGUAAUUGCCCACCUAGCCACGCCUCUUUCAGCUCAACUCAAAAGGCGUUUGGUCCGUCGUCUUCCCCCAGAUACACUGUGACUUUUUUUCCCCCCCCUCCCGCUACUGCCAUUGGCCGUACGUUGCCACAUAGUCACGCCUAUUUUAGCUCAACGCGACAGCUGAUUGGUCCGUUGUCGUGCUUGUCACCUUGUAACCCCCUCACCAAACACUUGCUCCUCGCUCCUUACAACUAAACGACGUUACAUUAGCCUUCUUUAAUUGUUCAUUUACACUCGAAUAAUGUCCGCUGCUGGGUAAUAGUUGGAUGUGCGGUGUCACGCGGCUAAUUUACGAGCUUUUGCCGUCGUCAUAUUGUCAUCCAUCCAGCUUGUUGUUGCAGUCAUGCUCCGACUGAGGACGGCCCUCAAACGGCCCUUGAGCAUCCUUGGCUUGUCUACAUCAACAGACCCCACCGUCUUGCGUCACGGUGUGGCCUGUGGUAGGAGGCUCCACGACGAGGGCAAUGUCACCAAGAAGUCCCCGCCGACGGCAGUUCCAGAAAGGCUGCCUUUUUCCACAGUGACCCAGGAGGACUUGGACUUCUUUCAGAGGAUUCUUCCCGGCAGAACCAUUACUGACCCUGACCUGUUGGAGUCGUUUAAUGUGGACUGGCUCAAAUCUGUCAGAGGUUCCAGUGAGGUGUUGCUGAGACCUCAGACAACACAGGAAGUCUCUCAUAUUCUCAGCUACUGUAACGGCCGUAACCUGGCGGUGAACACACAAGGCGGCAACACCGGGCUGGUCGGCGGCAGCGUUCCCGUGUACGACGAGAUCGUCCUCUCCACCGCUCUCAUGAACAACGUCCUGAGCUUUGACAGCGUUUCCGGGGUCCUGAGCUGCCAGGCGGGUUGUGUCCUGGAGCACUUGUCCGUCUACCUGGAGCAGCAGGACCACAUUAUGCCCCUGGACCUGGGCGCCAAGGGCAGCUGCCACAUCGGGGGCAACGUGGCCACCAACGCGGGGGGUUUGCGGCUGCUGCGGUACGGCUCCCUGCACGGCAACGUUCUGGGCGUGGAAGCGGUGUUGGCCGACGGUCAGGUGCUGGACUGCUUGUCCACCCUGAGGAAGGACAACACGGGCUACGACCUCAAGCAGCUCUUCAUCGGCUCCGAAGGCACGCUGGGCGUCAUCACUGCCGUGUCCGUCCUUUGUCCUCGCAAGCCCAAAUCUGUCCAUGUUAUGUUCCUGGGUUGUGAAACAUUUGAACAGCUUCUGAAAACCUUUCGGCUGUGCAAAGGCAUGCUGGGAGAAAUCCUGUCGGCCUUUGAGUUCCUGGACAGCGAAUGCAUGCGGCUGCUAAGCACUCACCUCAAGCUGGACAACCCCAUCUGUGAUUGUCCAUUCUACGUGGUGAUAGAAACGUCGGGCUCGGACCCGCGACACGACGAGGAGAAGCUCCACAACUUCUUGGAGGAGGCCAUGACAUCGUCGCUGGUCACCGACGGGACGCUGGCGACGGAAGAGUCCAAAACUAAGGCUUUGUGGUCGCUGCGCGAGCGCGUCGCCGAGGCGCUGACGCACGACGGCUUCAACUACAAGUACGACGUGUCGCUCCCCUUGGAAACCAUCUACCAGCUGGUGACCGACAUGAGGGCCCGCCUGGGGGGCCGGGCCAAGAGCGUGAUAGGAUACGGACACGUGGGAGACGGGAACCUCCACCUGAACAUCACUUCUCCCACCAGAGACGCCGCUCUGCUGGCCGCCAUCGAGCCGUUCGUGUACGAGUGGACGUGCGCCCGGCGAGGCAGCGUGAGCGCCGAACACGGCCUGGGACUCAAGAAGAGGAACUACAUCUACUACAGCAAGCCCGCCCGUGCGGUGGCGGUCAUGGCGGGCAUCAAGGGCAUGCUGGACCCUCGCGGCAUCCUCAACCCGUACAAGACUUUACCUGACAGAUUGCAGUGAAAGUCGCGCUGCACUUUGAGAGAACUCCUUCAAAGCAAGCCAAGGGAGCUGUGAAUCUUAUCCAGCGUCUUCUUGAUGCGCAGCGCUGUCAGCCGGGCGGACGGGUUCUGGUACCAACACUCUUUCAUCAGCUUCACCAGAGAAGACAGGGUCUAAUCCAAGAAGAAGAAAAGUUGAAGUCGAGUAUGUACUGAACCCCAGACAUGAAAUAUAUAUAUAUAUAUUUUAAAAUUGAAUCUACAUUGUUUAUAAAUAUUUUUUUUUUUUGCACAUAUAAUGCUAAUUUGUGGCCAUAAAUGUCCAUGAAAUAAAGGAAAAGCUAUUAAACUCGCA